AUGUUUGCUGUGGGAGGGACCCUGAUUGUGAAAUGUGCUUUUCCACCUUCAUUAACCAGAGCCAAGACUGAAGAGCUGCUCAGACACGCUCCAAGAUUCUGUCCUCUUGCUGGCAUACAUCAAGGUUCCUUCACAAUCGCUCUUAGUAAGGUGGACAACGUCACAGUUAUGAUUAAACUGAAGCCUCGUGUUUCACCAGGCUGUCAAAUCCGUGUUAAAUAUGCCAUCAGGUCUGAACUCAAGAUAAAGCCAGGGGAGAAUGUGACUUUUACUUUCACUUGUAAUACUCCAGAGAAGUAUUUCAUCAUGGAAAUCCGGAAAAAUAUUGACUGCGUGUCAGGCCUGUGUCCCUUUGGAGAUGUUCAUCUUUACCCAAUGGGGCUACCUCGCCUCAACAGGACUUUUGUCUGGGACGUGAAGGCGAGUACAAAGGCCGGACUCGAACUGAAGUUUUCUACCCCGUGGCUAAGACAGAUUGAGCCGGGAGAGACGUGCCCCGAUUCCGUUCGCUACAACAUCAACAGCUGCGUCGAUACGGCCACGGUCAACAUCGGCACCUUCUGCAGGAACGGCUCGGUGUCACGCAUCAAGCUACUGGGUGGAGUCAUCAUGUCUCUGCACCUCUCCUGGGACUCGCCUCUCACCACCUCAGGCUUCAACAUCGCUAAUAGGGCUUCCAUCAAACGAUUAUGCAUUAUUGAAUCCGUUUUGAAUGGGGAAUCUUCAGUCACCCUGAUGUCCCCAAAUUACCCACUGGCCUUCCCAGAAGACGAGCUCAUGACGUGGCAGUUUGUGAUUCCUUCCAACCUGAGAGCGAGCGUGUUUUUCCACAACUACAGCCUCUCCAACUGCGAAAGGAAAGAGGAGAGGGUGGAGUACUACAUCCCCGGUUCCCUCAGCAACCCGGAGGUGUUCAAGCUGAGCGACAGCCAGCCUGCCAAUAUCGCUGGCAGCUUCAACCUGUCCCUGCAAGGCUGCGACCAAGAUGCCCAGAACCCAGGUGUCCUCCGCUUGCUCUUCCAAGUCAUCGUUCAGCACCCACAGGUCAAUGAGAAUGUCACCCAUGUGGUUGACCUGAGCAAGGAGCGGAACAUGACUGUGACGAUACACUUCGAAGGGUGGCCCAACCGCCUCCCGCUCACAUCCGAACCGAUGUGCCUGAUCUGUAAGGAUCCUCGCACCUGCGACCGCGUCUUGACUUUAAUGUCUGGCACCACGUACAAGAUCUCUUUUCUGUGCAAGGACUUGUCCCGGCUGAGGAUCACAGCUGAAAAAGGCAUAAGCUGUGUUGAUCUUCGGUGGUGCCAGAGGAAGAUCUAUUCCCUUGUGGUGCCCAAGGCCAUUACCCAAUUGCCAAUCCGUCUGCAUAAGUUUAUUUGGAAAAUCCUGGCUCCCGACCUGAUCAACGUGGAAAUUACAUCUCCAUCCUUGAAACUUCAGCAGCAUGUCCCAGAGCAGAGGUGCAACACAAGCUACAGUUACGGCAUCGUGAGUGCCACCCCGGAGACGGAGUUGAAUGUUGGUGUUUUCUGUCCUGGUGGAUCUAUUGAAAAGAUUCAGAUGAGGAAUAAUAUCACUGUAUCUUUAAAAACCUUUGGUAAAGGAUUCCUCAACGAGUCAGACCAUCAAGAUCUGAAAAUGUCUUUUGUGCCACAUAUUAAAGAUGAGUGUAUUUUCACCGUGAGUCCAGAUCCAAAAGCUAAAGUUUACUUGCAGACCCCCAACUGGCCGUACGGUCUGCCUCCCUAUGUCUCUGUCUCCUGGUACGUCGUCAUCCCCAGCAAGCAGGUCGCCCGCCUUGGGUUCUCCAAGGACCGAAUGGGCAUCUCUUGCGAGACGGGCCGUGCCUACGUCAACAUAAAGGAGGAGGCACCAGGGGCAGAGGAGACCGUACGCCGCGAGGACGAGCUGCUGCCCCAGCCUCGAGAUAUGUACCAUGACUUCUGGGUGAAUGUCUCCAACUGUAAACCCGUGGAGGGGACGCAGCUGACCUUGCAGUUUUGGGUGACUUUGGCUGACAAGUCGAUUGACCUAGGAAUGAUCGUCGCUGUGGUGGCCGGGGCCGGAGUUCUCGUGGCUAUCGUACUGACCGUGUGCUGCGUUAAGAAGAAGAAGAAGAAAAUCCAGAGUCCCGCAGUGGGAGUGUACAACAUGAAUGUGAAUACCCAGGUGCCUAGAAAACAAGGCUUGUUCACAAAAGGGAGGAAAACCAACGAGUCGCAUGUCUAUGCAGUUAUUGACGAUGCUAUGGUCUAUGGGCACUUGUUGAAGGAAUCCAACGGCUCAGUCACUCCAGAAGUCGAUGUGUACCGGCCUUUUGAUGGACCCGUUGGUAGCUUGCCACCUUCGCCACCUCCCUUCUUUAGAAAAGACAUUAAACGCUCUUCUAACACAGAGGAGCCCCCAUCUCUGACAGACACAGACCAUGACACUUACACAUUUGCUCAUCAGAAAUUGGGGCUGUCAGAGGACAAUGGGGAUACAAAUGAAAAGAAUGAUGGAGAUACAAGUGUGUCCUUGCUGGAAAAUAAGGAACAAGAUGAUUCAGUAAUGUUAAAAGAGGCAUAG